CCCGGUUCGGGCAGCGGGUGGAAGCUGUCGGAGGAGGCGGUGUGCCGGGAGGACGUGGUGCGGCUCUGCUCCAAGCACAGCUGGGCCAACAACCUCGCCGUGCUCGAGUGUCUGCAGGACGUCCGCGAGCCAGAUAAUGAAAUCUCUUCAGACUGCAAUCAUCUCUUGUGGAACUACAAGCUGAACCUGACUACAGAUCCAAAGUUUGAAUCCGUGGCCAGAGAAGUCUGCAAGUCCACUAUUGCUGAGAUAAAGGAGUGUGCAGAUGAACCAGUUGGUAAAGGGUUCUUGGUGUCAUGUUUGGUGGAUCAUAGAGGCAACAUCACUGAGUACCAGUGCCAUCAGUACAUCACUAAAAUGACAGCCAUUAUCUUCAGUGAUUAUCGGUUGAUCUGUGGCUUCAUGGAUGACUGCAAAGCUGACAUCAAUCUUCUCAAAUGUGGCAGCAUUCGACCUGGAGAAAAGGAUGCUCACUCACAAGGAGAGGUGGUGGCAUGCCUGGAAAAAGGCCUGGUAAAAGAAGCAGAGGAGACUGAUCCUCGAAUCCAGGUUUCUGAUGAGUGUAAGAAAGCAAUUCUUCGUGUAGCUGAACUCUCUUCCGACGACUUCCACCUGGACCGGCACCUCUACUUCGCAUGCCGAGAUGACAGAGAGCGAUUCUGUGAAAAUACUCAGGCUGGGGAAGGUCGAGUAUACAAGUGCCUCUUUAAUCACAAGUUUGAAGAAUCAAUGAGUGAAAAGUGCCGUGAUGCGCUCACCACCCGCCAGAAGCUCAUUGCCCAAGACUACAAAGUCAGUUACUCGCUGGCCAAGUCCUGUAAAAGUGACCUGAAGAAGUACCGCUGCAACGUGGAGAACCUGCCCCGCUCUCGGGAAGCCCGGCUCUCCUAUCUGCUGAUGUGCUUAGAGUCAGCUGUGCACAGAGGUCGACAGGUGAGCAGCGAGUGCCAGGGUGAGAUGCUGGAUUACCGGCGCAUGCUGAUGGAAGACUUCUCUCUGAGCCCCGAGAUCAUCCUGAGCUGCCGAGGGGAGAUCGAGCACCACUGCUCCGGCCUCCAUCGCAAGGGCCGCACGCUGCACUGCCUGAUGAAGGUCGUCCGCGGCGAGAAGGGCAACGUCGGGCCCAACUGUCAGCAGGCACUUCAAACCCUGAUUCAGGAGACAGACCCCGGUGCCGAUUAUCGCAUUGACCGCGCGCUGAACGAGGCCUGCGAGUCGGUGAUACAGACAGCCUGCAAGCACAUACGCUCUGGAGACCCCAUGAUUCUGUCUUGCCUGAUGGAGCACUUGUAUACUGAGAAAAUGGUAGAAGACUGUGAGCAUAGGCUCCUGGAGCUCCAGUAUUUUAUAUCUCGUGACUGGAAAUUGGACACAGUCCUUUACCGCAAGUGUCAGGGAGAUGCCUCUCGCCUCUGCCAUACCCAUGGCUGGAAUGAGACCAGUGAGCUGAUGCCUCCAGGGGCUGUUUUCUCCUGCUUGUACAGGCAUGCAUAUCGCACAGAGGAGCAAGGAAGGAGGCUAUCACGAGAGUGUAGAGCAGAGGUCCAGAGAAUCCUCCAUCAGCGAGCCAUGGAUGUGAAGCUGGACCCAGUCCUCCAGGACAAGUGCAUGAUUGACUUGGGGAAGUGGUGCAGUGAAAAAACAGAGACAGGGCAGGAGCUGGAAUGCCUUCAGGACCAUCUUGAUGACUUGGUGUCUGAUUGCAGAGACAUAGUGGGAAACCUCACUGAGCUGGAGUCUGAGGACAUUCAAAUUGAAGCCUUGCUGAUGAGAGCAUGUGAGCCCAUUAUUCAGACAUUCUGUCAUGAGGUUGCAGAUAACCAGAUUGAUUCUGGGGACCUGAUGGAGUGUCUAAUACAGAACAAACACCAGAAGGAAAUGAAUGAAAAAUGUGCAAUUGGUGUUACUCAUUUCCAGCUGGUUCAAAUGAAAGAUUUUAGGUUCUCAUACAAGUUUAAAAUGGCUUGCAAGGAGGAUGUGCUGAAACUGUGCCCCAACAUCAAAAAAAAGGUGGAUGUAGUGAUCUGUCUGAGCACAACUGUGCGCAAUGAUACUUUGCAGGAUGCCAAGGAGCACAGGGUCUCUCUAAAGUGCCGCAAACAGCUGCGUGUUGAGGAGCUAGAGAUGACUGAGGAUAUCAGACUUGAACCAGAACUGUAUGAGGCUUGUAAAAGUGACAUCAAGAAUUACUGCCAGAACGUGCCCUAUGGCAAUGCUCAGAUUAUUGAGUGCCUGAAAGAAAUCAAGAAGCAAUUGAGUACACGGUGCCACCAGAAGGUGUUUAAACUGCAGGAGACAGAGAUGAUGGACCCAGAACUGGACUACACACUCAUGAGAGUCUGCAAGCAGAUGAUCAAGCGGUUUUGUCCAGAGGCGGAUUCAAAAAACAUGUUGCAGUGUUUGAAACAAAACAAGAACAGUGAAGUGAUGGAUCCCAAAUGCAAGCAGAUGAUUACCAAGCGCCAGAUUACACAGAACACAGAUUACCGCUUAAACCCCGUGCUCCGGAAGGCAUGCAAAGCAGACAUACCAAAAUUCUGCCAAAAUAUCCUGAAUAGGGCCAAGGAUGAUACAGAGUUGGAAGGACAAGUCAUCUCAUGCCUGAAGUUGAAAUAUGCAGACCAGCGUCUCUCUCCAGACUGUGAGGACCAGAUUCGAGUGAUAAUCCAGGAAUCAGCCCUUGAUUAUCGGCUGGAUCCCCAGCUUCAGAUGCACUGUUCUGAUGAGAUUUCCAGCUUAUGUGCAGAAGAAGCAGCAGCUCAGGAGCAGACUGGACAGGUGGAAGAAUGUCUGAAAGUCAAUCUUCUGAAAAUAAAAACUGAGAUGUGCAAGAAGGAAGUGCUCAACAUGCUGAAGGAAAGCAAAGCAGAUAUAUUUGUUGACCCAGUGCUCCACACGGCCUGUGCCCUGGACAUCAAACACCACUGUGCUGCCAUUCCACCAGGGAGAGGACGCCAAAUGUCAUGCUUAAUGGAAGCUCUGGAAGAUAAGCGUGUGAGGUUGCAGCCUGAAUGCAAGAAACGCCUUAAUGAUCGUAUUGAAAUGUGGAGCUAUGCUGCAAAGGUUGCCCCAGCAGAAGGCUUUUCUGACCUUGCCAUGCAAGUUAUGACCUCUCCAUCCAAGAACUACAUCCUGUCUGUGAUCACGGUUGGCAUCUGUGUACUCUUUCUCAUCGGCCUGAUGUGUGGACGCAUCACCAAGCGGGUGACAAGAGAGCUCAAGGACAGGUAGAGCCUGGAUUGCCUGCUGAAGAAAUGCCUGCCCAGUGCCCAGUUUUGUACAGCCCUCCUCUGUAUAGUCUACCCGCCCCCUCUUGUGAGAGGAGAAUUAAAAAAAAAAAAAAA